AUGAAGUCAAAUCUAAUAGUCAGGAGAACAUUGACAUUAUUCGCUGGUGACAGCACUGUAGCAAACCCCAAAUCUCUACCCUACCUGCCUUGCUUCAACGCUCUAAACCAAUUACAGCCAACCAUCUUACUGUAUUCCACGCAAAUAGCUGCGCGUGGUGAUGGAAUUGGUAGAAGGAUCCCAUGGAAAGAGGGGUCAGCUACUUCGGGAAACUGUGUUGUUGGAAGAGGGAAAACCACCAGGAGAAUAAAACCAAUUGCUUCUCUUUCCUUGAUUAAUACAGCUGGAAUCGCAGACUUGUGUUUGGAAGGUUUUAUAGAAAACCGGAGUUCAGAUUAUCAAUUUACCAAUAAUGCUGGAAUACUUGAUUUAGAAGGGAAGGUCCAUGAACUGCAUCGGGUUCACAAAACGCAAAUGGACAUAAUGAAUGAAGUCCGAAGCAAAGAAUCGGUCAUAUGCCUUGAUCGCAUAGGAACAUCGCAAUCAAAUCCUUUUGCCUUUCCACCUGAAGAGGAACACAGGAGGUGGCAUAAUUCCAGUUUGCCUUUGGUGGCUAUGAAUUGUCAUAUACCAUCUGCUUCAGGUGCUGACAGUGCCCAAUCACAUUUUAGUUCCAUUAAUGUGCAGAACACGCAAUCAGGAUGUGGUUCUACACAUGAUGGCUCCAGGAUUAAGGAUGAUGUAUCUCUUGAAUACAAGCACAAGAAGCUUCAGCGGAGAUUGUUUGACCUUGAACUGCCAGCUGAGAAAUACAUAAAUGAUGAAGAGGAAGGACAGGGAGCAUUUGGAGGGUCAGGGGUGGAAACUCACACUCCGAAUUGGAAUUGUGAGGUUACUUAUGAGAAAAAUGGCCAUAUGUCCACCCCAAGUAGUGUGUACUCUGGCUGCAAUGGUGAUGCUUUUAGUUCCAAUAUGCACUUAAGGAGGAACCAGGGUUUUACAGAUUUGAAUGAGCCUUUCAAGGUUGAGGGAGCAUAUGUUACAACUUCUUUUGAUACUCCAGGCAAGGUUACCCACGCUAAAGAGGAGAUACAAGGGCAGGAUUUAUCUGCAAAUUCAUGCUCGGGCUUCCAAUGUAAAGGUUCUCAAAGACCCUUUAAAGUAAAGAAUGAGGGAAUUGGCCAAUGCAAUCUGCAUUUAGAUAAUGAAUGGGGAAAGAGAGGCAGACCACCUCUUAACUUUAAUGCUGGCCAAACAAGCACCAGAACUCUCAGUAGAAGUUUUUAUGGAGAAUAUUUGCCUACACAAAGUGAAUCAUCGCAUGUUGGCUGCACGAAAGCCCAUGCACCUGAUCAGAGUAAACCGGAACAAUUAAGAAAGAAGACAAUUUUUGGUGUAGAAAUCUGUGACAGAAAUCAUGAUGCAUCUGUUAUGACUUCAGAUAAAUUUCUGCAGCCACUUGCUCCUCAAUCUAAUGUAGUCAAUUCCGAUUCAUCCUCCAUUUCAUCUUGGAAGAAGCCUCCAGGUAGCUUGAGACAGAAUGCAAUAUUUGUUCAGGGAAACCCUUGCUUUAAUACCUUACCUGAAUCAAAUAAGAGUUCAGCAGCAUUGAUGCAUUGCCGUGAAGUUUCUACAGAUAGGUCGAUUGUUAAAGAAAAAGUGGAUUUUGUUUCAAGUCCAGGAGUUGAAUUGUCCCAUAAAAAUGACCUCUCUGUUGUUUCUCAGUUGCAGUCCAAGGAAUCACAAGUUUACCAUGCAUUGGCUGGUCACUCGAAUGAACACAGUGCUAGUAAUUCUGCUUCUGAACUGGUUCCUCCACGUAGUUCUCUAAAUAACCUUAGGGUUUCAGGCUGGCUGGAGAAUAUAAAAUCUGCAGAGGAAGUAAACCUCAAUACAGUACUUCCAAAAAGUCAUCCAAAUGAAGCAGUUUCUGAUUCAAAUCUUAUUUCCAUUGGUAUUCAAAGGAAGGAAGAAACUCCACUAGGAGGGUUGUCUUGGCUGAGAACUAUUUCACUUUGUAAUGGAAAAUCUCCUGGUGAAAUCUCUGACUCUCAUCAGGUGAAUUCGGAUUCCAUGGAAAGAAAAUAUACUGAGCAGUUUGCUUGCAAUUCUGGAAUAAUGAAGAGCCUCUGUCAAAACUUUGUUCAGGAUUCAUCAUCAGCAACAAAUGUGCAUGAUGCUGAAGACAGAAGAAUAGGAGGUGACUGUUCAAGCAAUAGGAAGAUUCUUGGCGUUCCCAUUUUUGAAAAGCACUUGUCCAAAGACCUGCCGUCUGCAAUCUCUGGCGUGAAGCCUAGUUGUUGUGUUUCAGAGACUAAUGGUGCUAACCCUAUUAAAGGUGGGUUACUUCAUACUGAUCUGAAUCAGGAUCCUAUUGAAUCUGAAUCUGUGGAGAUCCAAAACAUGAAGAGUUUAAAUGCGGAUGGACUUUCAGUUGAUUGUAGUGCUAGUUUAAGACAUCAAAUUGAUUUGAAUGUGAGAGUGACUGAAGAAGAGGCUCAAGCAAAUCAUUGUUCUUUGAGAACCAAGGCUGAGAUUGCAAUUGAGAUAGAUUUGGAGGUGCCGGUUGUCCUUCAAAAUGAAAUAGACAUCAUGUCUGGAGGUGAAUUUCUAGAAAGCAAAGUUGAAGAACCAUUUCAGCCAGUAACAGAUGAAUCCAGGGACUUUCAUGAAGGCUUUUUAAUGGCUGGAGCUGAGGCUUUAGUUGCCAUCUCAUCUUCUGGUGUGCACAAGUUCCAAGAUGAUGCUUCGUGCCAUGAAUUGGAAGCUGAAGUGAACGAUUCACUUCAGUGGUUCGCAGAGAUAAUUUCUUCUUACGAGGGUUACGUUGAGAAUGAGAUUGGAUCAUUUUCAGUGCAUGAGAAUUGUACUGAUUGUGAAGAUCCGAAACCAGUUGAAGUUGAUUUUUUUGAGUAUAUGACCUUAAAUUUAACUGAAACCAUGGUAGAAGGGCAUAAUUACGAGCCUAUGGUUUUGGACAACACAAAAGACGAAACAUCAUUGCCAAGACGUCCUCGGAGAGGUCAGGCGAGGAGAGGAAGGCAGCGGAAGGACUUUCAAAGAGAUGUACUUCCGGGUCUCAUCUCUUUGUCUAGGAAUGCUGUGACUGAGGAUCUUCAGUUGUUUGAAGGGCUCAUCACAGCAACUGGUGGCACUUGGCAGUCAGGUUUGUCACAGAGAAAUUCUCCUAAGAGAAAGGCAGGAAGGGGGAGAAAGCGUACAGCCGAUUCUGCUGCCUCUCCCACUGUAACUGCAGUGAGUCCACCACAAGCUCAGCAACCUAAUUGUGGAGAGCUGGGACUUGAGUUUCCUGAUUUGGAAGAGAAAUCGAGUAGUUAUGCUUUCUUGGUGGGUUCGUCACUGACUGAUAUUAGUGACGCAUGUAAAGUGUUUGAUGAAAUUACUAAGAGAGAUGUUGUUCUGGAUAUGUCUGUAUAUUACCUGUACUUACGAGGCUUCUAUGCUUCCAAUAUGCAGCAAGAGAAACGGGAUUCUGAGCAGCUGACUCCAGUGAGCUUACUCAAGGCAGCAGCUCGGUUACAAGCACUGCAAGAGGGUUUGCUGAUCCUUGGUGAUGCUAUCGGAAGAGGGCUGGUUAACUUCGGCCUUAGCCAACUACAGGCAACACUACCCACCUUCCUUCCACCACCUCUGCACCCAUACAAAUCUCAUAUUGAACUGCAUUGGGCCCUUUUGCCUCCACGGUGUGACUACUUAGAUAUAUGUGGAGAGCUCGAGUUCAUGGAGAGAAUGAAGGUGAAGAGGGCAGUGAAUACUGGUUCUUUUGUGGUUUCUACAUUUUUGAGAAUGCCUAAUGUGGAGAGGUUGCAGGAGCUGAGGCGGUCAAGACCCGAAAGAGCAAGGCAAGUAGGGCAGAAGCUAAAUUGUGCAAAUCCUGCUCAUAGCUAA